UAAGGUUUGUUAAUAUCUUCCAGGAAAGAUAUGAAUGAAAUUGAAGAGAAAUCUAAAGAUAUAAUAAAAUUCACUGCUGAGAAACUCUCCAUAGAUGAAGUCUCACAGUUGGUGGUUUCUCCACUCUGUGGUGCAGUAUCCCUGUUUGUAGGGACUACAAGAAAUAACUUUGAAGGGAAAAAAGUCAUUAGCUUAGAAUAUGAAGCAUAUCUACCAAUGGCGGAAAAUGAAAUCAGAAAAAUUUGUAGUGACAUUAGGCAGAAAUGGCCAGUCAAACACAUAGCAGUGUUUCAUAGACUUGGCUUAGUUCCAGUGUCUGAAGCAAGCAUUAUCAUUGCUGUGUCCUCGGCCCAUAGGACUUCAUCCCUUGAAGCUGUGAGCUAUGCCAUUGAUACUUUAAAAGCCAAGGUGCCCAUAUGGAAAAAGGAAAUGUAUGAAGAAUCAUCAUCAUCUUGGAAAAGAAACAAAGAGUGCUUUUGGACAGCCAGUGAUUAAUUCACACAUUUUUUUUUUAGAGAACUAAAAUUAAACUUGGUAAACUGUC